AUUCCCUUGCUUGAAAGGAAAAGAAAAAAAAAAACGAAAAAGCUGUCUCUCUUGGAAGACAAUAAUAAAGUCCGCACUCCUCAGCCAUUACAAAGUUUUCUCAAACUUGGCCACUAUGAAUCAAACCCAUCUAUAUACUCCGCAGAGUCUCAUAAGUCCCAUCCAAACAUUGACAGGCAGCGGCAUCUCCUUCUUUUUAAUAUUUCCCUAAUUUUAAUUCUAAACAUCCGGUGUUUUGUAACUCAUCAGCUUCACAUGCUGCAAUCUCUUCUCUUUCCAUACUAAUACUUUCCUACACCAAUCAAUUCCCGUUAAAAUCUCUGGUUGGCCAUCAAGAACCAGCUAAAAUGGGGUUCAAGAAUCCAUCUCUUUUCAUGAUCUUCUCCUCUUUAUGCAUUCUUUAUUCUUUCUUGAAGUUAACUAAAGCUGACCCAUGGCUUUUGGUCAACCAAACUUCGCCUUCCUCCAAUGUAUCAGGGGGUAACUGGCAGCUCUUACAAUCAAGCGUAGGCGUCUCCGCCAUGCACCUCCAACUCCUACCAAACAACAAAGUUGUCAUCUUUGACCGUACGGAUUUCGGCUCUUCCAACAUUUCAUUACCCCCCGGCAGCUUCUGUCCUAAAAACGACUGCACUGCCCACUCUGUCCUUUACGAUGUCGUAUCCAACACUCUCCGUCCCCUCCACGUCUUAACAGACACCUUUUGCUCUUCCGGUGCCCUCGACCCCAACGGUACCCUUAUCCAAACCGGCGGAUUCAAUGAAGGCGACCACGUCAUUCGCACCUUCGCCCCAUGUGGAGCCGACUCUGUCGCCUGCGACUGGAAUGAACUCAACGCUACUCGCCUUGUCGACCGUCGAUGGUACGCUACUAACCAAGUUUUACCUGACGGACGAAUCAUCAUUCUUGGCGGUAGAAGGGUCUUUACCUAUGAGUUUUACCCUAAAAAUGACGCCCUCAACAACAGGAAGAGCUUUUACCUUCGUUUCUUGGUGGAAACUAGGGACCCUGAAGAGAACAAUCUUUACCCUUUCUUGCAUUUAUUGCCAGAUGGGAAUCUAUUCAUAUUCGCUAACAAAAAAUCCAUAUUGUUUGAUUAUAAAAGGGACAUUGUUCUAAAACAGUUCCCUCUUAUUCCUGGAGAUGAUAAGAGAAACUAUCCUAGUACCGGCUCUUCGGUCAUGCUUCCAUUGAGGCUGUCUGAGAGGUGGCCUCCGGUGGUUGAGGUGCUCAUUUGCGGCGGUGCACCGGCGGGGGCAUUCAUGAAGUCGGAUAAGAUGAAGGUCUUUGUAGAAGCGUCGAGGACAUGUGGCAGGCUGAAAGUGAACGAUGCAAAUCCGCAAUGGCUUAUGGAGGCCAUGCCCAUGCCACGUGUCAUGUCUGACAUGAUACUCUUACCCACGGGUGAUGUGAUCAUUAUCAACGGCGCUGCUAAUGGGACUGCAGGUUGGGAGGAUGCUGUAAACCCGGUUUUCAGUCCGAUUCUGUACUCCGUUAAUGCACAACUAUCUCAGAGAUUUACUGUUUUGUCCCCGUCAAAGGUCCCGAGAAUGUACCACUCCACAGCAAUCCUUCUUCCAGAUGGCAGGAUAUUAGUGGCUGGGGGCAAUCCGCAUACUACGUAUGUAUUCACAGGAUUAUACCCCACCGAGCUGAGUUUGGAGGCUUAUAAUCCUUACUACUUGGAUGCUAAAUUCAACUCGUUAAGGCCCUCCAUUAUAUCGGUGGAGUCGGGGAGUACGGUGUCGUAUGGCCGUAGAUUCGGGGUGUCCUUUUCAGUGUCGCUUUUUAGGCAGGGCACGGUUUCGGUAGCGCUGAUAUGGCCGUCAUUCACGACACACUCGACCGGGAUGAGCCAACGCAUGGUGGUUUUGAACACGGCGAGCGUGGUUCAAUUGUCGAUGGCCAAUUUCAAGCUGGUAGUGGAUGGGCCGACCAAUGCUAACGUGGCACCUCCGGGUUAUUAUAUGCUGUUCGUGGUCCAUUCGGGUAUUCCUAGUCACGCAGUUUGGGUGAAGGUGAUGUGAUUUUAAUAAUUGAUUUCCCCAACGUGAUUGAUCAUAUACAAUUGUUAGAUACUGUUCUUUUAUUUUUUGGUUUCUUAUUUGAGCCGAAAUACAAAAAAAAUAAAUAAUAAAUCCAUAGCAUAAUUUAGGUUGAUAAGCUUCAAGCAGUAAGCAUUGAAGCCCAAAUUUUAGCUUCUCCUUUUUUUUUUUUAGUUUUGAUUCUUAAGAUUUAUUGUAUACAACAAUUAUAAUUUGGUUUACAAGCGCUUCCCUUUUAGUCCUC